ACAACAAAAGAGCUCUUAUUACUUCAUAUCGCAUUAGCUACCGUAUAGCCAAAGAAGGUGAAUCCCAUACCAUAGCUGAAAAUUUAAUCAAGCCUUGUGUCAAAGAUUUUGUGGGAUGUAUGAUUGAUGAAAAAUACCUACAAAACAUUAAUUGCGUGCAUCUUUCAAAGAAUACAGUUUCUGGGCGUAUUGAAGACAUGUCAGCGUUUUGCGAAAAUGAAUUAAUAAGGCGAGUAAAGCUGAGUCCAACUUUUUCUCUCCAAAUGGACGAAUCCACUGAUGUUACAGGCUUGGCCAUUUUACUAGUGUUCAUUCGUUAUAUGCAUGAAUCUCGUAUUGUAGAAGAUAUUUUACUGUGCAAACCUUUAGCUACGCACACAACAGGGGAAGAAAUAUUUAAGUUGGUUCAUUUUUUUAUGAAAGAACACAGAAUUUCAUGGAAACAAUGUUCAAGCAUAUGUACUGAUGGAGUUGCUGCUAUGAUAGGAAAAAUUUUAGGAGUUGUAGCACGCAUGAAGAAAGAAAACCCGGAAAUUGAAAGUAUCCAUUGCCUUCUGCAUAGGCAUGCACUUGCCACGAAGCGAAGCGCAUGCCCUUAA